ACGGACGGACGGAGCGCUCGGCUGCUCCGGAUUUCCCGUUACUCCUCGGCGCUGCCGACUCUGGAAGCUCGCGGUCGUCCGGCCGCCUGCGUCAUGAAGCUGCGGGUACGGCUUCACAAGCGGACCGAGCCGCUGGAGGUGCCCGAGGCCGAGCCGACGCUGGGGCAGCUGCGCGCGCACCUGGCGCAGGCCCUGCUGCCCGGCUGGGGGUACAGUUCUGAUACCCGAUUUGCAAUUACAUUGAACAACAAGGAUGCCCUCACUGGAGAUGAAGAGACCUUGGCUUCGUAUGGGAUUGUUUCUGGGGACUUGAUAUGUUUGAUUCUUGAAGAUGCCAUGCCAGCACCUAACUUACCUUCAUCCACAGAUUCAGAGCAUUCCACACACCAGAAUAAUGACCAACCUUUGGCCGCCAGCUCCAGUCAGGCCGGCGUCCCUGAUGAACAGCAGAGCGAUGCGUUACAAGGACAGGCUGCCCAGUCUGAUGUCUGCAGUGAUGACAGCAUGUUAGGGCCUAGUCAAAAUGUUGAGGCUGAGACCAUUCACGAUGCUGUGGAAGUGGAAGAGCCCGCAGGUUUCUGUCCGUCAGAGCCGAUGCUGUGCAGUGAAGCGGUGGAAGGACAAGUGCCGCACUCCCUGGAGACCCUGUACCAGUCAGCCGACUGCUCUAGUGCUAGUGACGCCUUGAUGGUCUUGGUGCAUCUCCUCAUGCUCGAGUCGGGUUACAAACCUCAGGGGACUGAAGCCAAAGCAGUGUCAAUGCCCGAGCUGUGGAAGUCGGGCGGCGUGUACAAGCUGCAGUAUGCGCACCCCCUCUGCGAGGGCGGCUCUGCCCUGCUCACCUGUGUGCCUUUGGGAAACCUGAUCAUUGUGAACGCCACACUAAAAAUCAACAGUGAGAUUAAAAGUGUGAAACGAUUGCAGCUGCUGCCAGAAGCCUUUAUUUGCACCGAAGAACCAGGGGAAGAUGCAGCUAAGGUGUACAAAGAUCUUCAGAAGCUCUCUCGCCUCUUCAAAGACCAGCUGGUGUAUCCUCUUCUAGCUUUCACCCGACAAGCUUUGAACCUUCCAGAUGUAUUUGGGCUGGUUGUUCUCCCACUGGAGCUGAAACUACGGAUCUUCCGACUCUUGGAUGUUCGCUCUGUCCUGUCUUUGUCUGUGGUCUGUCGUGACCUCCUCAUUGCUUCAAGUGAUCCACUGCUGUGGAGGUUUUUAUAUCUGCGGGAUUUUCGAGAUGGUACUGUCAGAGGUCGAGACACAGAUUGGAAAGAACUAUACAGAAAGAGGUACAUACAACGGAAGGAAGCUCAGAGAGCGCGGCACGCGAUGUUCCUGCCACCCCCGUCCCACCCGAUCCCAUUCUAUCCCAACCCCCUGCAUCCCAGGCCUUUUCUUCCCAGCUCACUCCUUCCUCCAGGAAUUAUUGGUGGUGAAUAUGAUCAAAGACCAGUAUUUCCUUGUGUUGGGGACCCAAUCACUUCACUCAUCCCGGGGCCUGGGGAGACACCCGGCCAGUUCCCUCCACUCAGACCACGUUUUGAUCCAAUUGGCCCACUUCCAGGACCUCACCCCUUCUUACCAGGGAGAGGUGGCUCCAACAACAGAUUUCCUUUCAGACCCAGCAGGGGUCGGCCCACCGACAGCCACAGCCGGCUACCAUUCAUGUGAUUGGUACAGAAUCUCACCCUGGAGCUCAGCUCUGUGGAUGUGUUUUAAGCCACAGAUGCCAUCUCCUCAGGUGCUGAUCUCUAGUGUCAUUUCCUGAUUUGGUGGUGAGAGAUCACUCCCAGAGCCUGUCAGUAGGUGUAUUUAUUUAUAGCUCCAGGGCGCUGAAGCUGAAGUGACUCUGUUUCAGGCAAGGUUGCCAAGAGAGUAUUUGGGUACUGGUUUCCUGUUCUGCAUUCCUCAGUUUGUUCUGGGUUCUUCUCUAGAAUGGAGCUUGUGAUACUGGUGUGAUGACACCCUGUGCCAGGUUAAUAAAGAACAGAUGAAUACAA